AUGGAUCAGGGGGAUCAAUCAUCCAGCCCUUACUAUCUACACCCAGGUGAAUCUUCCAACCCAUCCAGCCCUUACUAUCUACACCCAGGUGAGAACCCGGGUCUCACACUCAUUAGACAAAUUUUGAACGAGAACAACUAUUCCUCUUGGAGUAGAAGCAUGAGGAGAGCUUUGCUUUCCAAGAAUAAGAUAAAAUUCAUUGAUGGAUCUAUAAAGAAACCCCAGAAAAGUGACACAUUGUUUGAUGCAUGGGAGAGAUGCAAUAUGAUGAUUUUAUCUUGGAUAACAAAGACUCUUUCCCCACAAAUUGCUGAAAGUGUUAUAUAUGUUGAAGAAGCCAAAGAAUUAUGGGAUGAGCUGAAAGAAAGAUUUUCCAAGGGUGAUUAUUUCAAGAUUUCUGAUUUACUUCAAGACAUACAUUCUAUUAAACAAGGAGAAAGGGGACUGAGUCAGUUCUUUACAGACUUAAAGAUCCUAUGGGAAGAGUUGGAAUUCCUAAGACCCAUACCUACCUGCACGUGUAAAGUUCCAUGCAGCUGUGAUCUCUCAAGAAUCUCCUUGAAGUAUAGAGAAAUGGAACAUGUGAUAUGUUUCUUAAAAGGACUAAAUGAAUCCUACAACACUGUUAGAACACAGAUUCUUUUAAUGGAUCCUCUUCCAAAUAUCAAUCGGGUUUUCUCUCUUAUUAUGCAACAAGAGAGACAAGAGAAACAUGGCUCUACAGAUAUCAAAGUUAUGGCCAAUGUUGUUGACAGAAACAGUCAAUGGAAAGGCCAAGGACGGGGUUCUGGAUUUUGUGGUCAAGGAAGAGGAAGAGGUAGAAAUCCUAACUAUGGUAAACAAUGCUCAUAUUGCAACAAGAUGAACCACACUAUAGAUGAGUGCUAUUCUAAGCACGGGUACCCACCUUGGUAUAAGAAAGGAGACAUCAACUAA